AUGGCCGCCUUCGCUGCCAACCGCGUGGGCGAGAGCAUCGCGCUGUACGACAAGAUGAUCGAAGCGAACCCCGCCUCGAAGCCGUACCUCUGGCAGCGCGGCCUCUCCCUCUACUAUGCGGACCGCUUUGCCGACGGCGCCGAACAAUUUGCGGCGGACGUGGCCGUCAACCCGAACGACACGGAGGAGCAGAUCUGGCACCUCCUCUGCCUGGCGCGCCAGCAGGGCGGCAGCCUGGAGGCGGCCCGCAAGUCCGCCUUGAAGGUGGGGACCGACCGGCGGCCGGUGAUGCGGGCGGUGCAGCAGCUCUUCCUGUCGGGCGGCGAGGCGGAGGAGCGGGAGCUCGCGGCCAUCGCGCGCGACGGCGACGUUGGCUCUCGCUUCUACGCGGCGCUCUACCUCUCGCUCUACCACGAGAGCCUCGGCGACCAGGCGGCGGCCGAGGCGCGGAUGCGUGAGGCCGUCGACACCGACUAUGCGCGCGGCGGCGGGAGGAGCGACCCGAUGGUCGAGCUCGCGAGGGUGGCGAUGCAGCGCCGAGGGUGGCAGUGA